AUGAGAAUAUUCGAGAUUGAAAUGGAGGGCUUGCUGGAUGCUGAGGGGACUGAGGGAUUUGGAGUGUGUGGGAGAGUGGACAGGAGAUCGGGGGUCAGCUGUGAUCGUGCUGAGGGGCUUGAUGGGCAGAAGGCCCACACCAGUUGCCUCUGGGAGAAGGAGAGAAUCCCCUUGUAUGGUCGCUAUAUUCGAUCAGUGGUGCGACAGGAGAAAGGCUUGUCCAGUAUCGCUGAGCGCCUCACGCAUGAAAACGACCGGGUGGUCAAAGCUGUGUCUGGAGCUCUCCGUAAUUUGUCGCUUGAUGCCCGGAACAAGGAACUGAUCGGUAAACACGCUAUGCCCAAUCUAAUUUGCAAUUUGCCAUCGAGCCAGGAUUCCUCUCCCAGUCGGAAUGAGGACACCGUUGUGUCGAUACUCCAGACCAUCAACGAGGUUGCCAUCGACAAUGUGGAGGCUGCCAAGAAGUUGAGAGAGCUGCAGGGUGUUGAGAAGCUGGUGUUGAUGAACAAGUCCAACAGCCGCUCUGAGAGAGAGAUCAAGGCAGUGGGGACUGUGCUCCAAACCUUGUGGGGUUACAAGGAGCUCCGCAAACAACUGGAGAAGGACGGGUGGAAGAAAGCCGACUUUCAGAUGGUGGCGGCCACGAACCGUGGAGUUUCGGGAAAUGCCUACGAUGACAGCACUCUGCCCCUGAUUGAGAAAAACCAGCGGGGAGGAGACAAGAGGGAGAUGAUACCCAUGGAUGACCUUGGGCCAGAUGCUUACUCCACAUUGGACCACAGGGAUCGCAAUCGAACACUGGACCGAACUCUUGAUCGAUCAGGGGACUAUUCCGAACGAGAGCCGCUGAAGAAUGACUAGACCAUCUCUGAACUAACUGGUGAAGAUGCCCCUGCCUUUGUGAAUUUCUUUUUUACAUAUAUAUAUGUAAAAUAUAUAUAUAUAUUGACACGUGGUAGAGUUUGUGGCAGCACUGUAACCAUUUUGAUUACCCUGUGGGAGCAUCUCAAUGUCAAAUGACAGACUCUCUUUCUACUUAACAAAUUACAUUUCUCUUUUUUUAUAUAAGAAGAAAAUAUAUAUAUAUAUGGAGGUUGGGCCAGAUGGAGGGAGCGUGUUUGGGAAGGGAGUGAGAGAGGGAGGGGUUCGGGUAGGGCAGAGGGGGUGUUGGACAAGUGAAUUUGCCUCCUUCCGUUGGUCAAGGUCGGGCUGUCAAGGCCACCACAGUUCUCCAGCGUUUGCCUCAUUCUGUGGAGAUUGAGGGAGCCUGCUGUGUUUGGUUUCAUCCUGAGGCGGAGGAAUCUCUCGAUAUUUGGUCCCCCUUCCCCCCCCCAACUUCCGUUCGGAAGGAUUGAGUGUGAUUUUUAUUUUUAACCACCCUGUUUUGAUCCCCUGCCCAACUCCUUGCCUUGCCUGUCAGGUGGGGUGGGAAGGGGAGCAGUUGACACGGUUUAUAUUACACCUGAAUGAGGGGUUUGCAGGGGGUCGUUGGUGGGAAUGGAUGCUGAGGCCUACCCCACAGGCUUCUGAAUGCGUCUGCAGGCUAAAUUGAUUGCUUGCGGUGGGUGUGACAGACUUUCUGGCAGUGCUUUCACCUGGAAUUUAAUGGCUCCUUGGGUUUAAUGCUCUCUUUUUUUUUUCCUUUCUGUCUUGACCAGGGCUUUUGUGAGGUUUGCGUCAGUUAUCCCUUCUCUUGUGCUCCAGAACAGGCACUAAAUAUUUUGAAAGACUUGAAUUGAGGCAGCGAGGGAGACAGAGGUGGGAGAGAUCAGCCUCAGGGGAUUCCUGGGGCAGUGUCCCGGGAUUGGUUUGUCCCAACACCAUUAAUGUUUUCCUGUUUCGUUUACGGUGCCUUUGACGUGUUCAGGGAGAAGGAAGUCUCUGGCCUGUAAAACUUGGUGCUAAGCUCAGGGGGUGUGGGUUGUUGCUGUUAGGAGAUGUGGAUGAAACUUUUUUUGGGAAUUACGAAACCACACCAGCCCAACCCUCUCUCUACCCUGUACCAGCCCAUUGAACCUCGACUGAGCGUUAUAAAGAUUACUGGCAAGUGGAGUAGGACCCUCUCUUUCCCUUGCCUCCCAAGGAAACAGUUGCCCUCCAUCUUAACAACCAAUGAAACAGACCCCUCUCCCCCAUUGGAAGUCAGGCCCUGAUGGAACAGUGAUUGCUGGGGAGGGGGAGGUGAUGGUGUAUCGUCUUGGGAUCUUGCUGUGCUCGUUACUGCAGACGUUACUCAGGUGAGGUAGGCCACAGAGGCAAGACUAAGUUGGCUGCCAGGACCAUUGCUGCGAUUGUGUUCUUUAGUGCUUUUUGUUUUAACUGCUCUGUGUUCAGUCAAAGUUGAUCACAGUUGAGAAUUGAGGGGGAUGGGGGUGGGAGGGAGAAAAAUUACCACUACAGAUACUUCUUUUUAUAAAUCUGAGACCUAAUUACCUUCGCGAUUUGAUUCUCUCCUUUUUUUAACCUCAAUAAAAAGUAUGUGUUAUUUUUUACAAAGAGACAAUAAAGGCUGUAUUCAGGAGGCAGAAAUGUAACGUUUCCAGGCAAUUUUUAAAAAAAUUAUUAUUGAGGGUAGCACAUUUUGUUUUUUCCCCGUCAUUGCUGCUCCAGUUCUUUAUCUUUCUUCCUCGGCAGGGACAGGGGCGUUUCUUUCGGCCGAGACUGGGGAUAAAUAAAGGCAGCAGCAGGGCCUGAGGAGCUCGAGUAUCCUGUGAGCAGUGCAGGAAAGGACCAGGCUCCAUUCCGGGCCUACGUGCUGCUGAUUUAACCUGCAUCUCUCACUCUCGUGUGGUAACCGUGCAUCACACGCGCAGUGCAGAAAAGGUGAUCCAAGCCAGACACAGCAUUUAAAACUGUCCCCCGCUGAAGUCUAAGAUUUCUUCCUGGCUGGAGGCUUCUUUUGCGCGUGUGGGUGCAGCUGGGGGCCUAUUGGUGUUCUCUCAGAUGCUUGCCCAUUGUGAGGAAGGUAAUGUCGCUGCUGUUAUUUUGAACUUUGGAGACAGCCCGGUGUGCCAGAAGGGAACGUCGGUCGGAUUUAGGAACGAUUAGAACCGACCCGAUUCGUUUUCCACACCUCAGCGUGGGCCUGGCCUGGCCUGUCCUGCCAUUUCCAUGUCGCACUGGCGUCUCCUCUUGAGGUGGGUGGGGGGGGCACGUUAUCGGAAUCCUGCAAUGGAAGACCAGGAUUGGGGGGGGGGGGGGAACAUUGGGAAUUUAGAGUGUGGGGAGAGAACCAGGGGAUUGCCCCUUCUGUGUGCCUUAUGUUAGGGAGAGCAUCGGGUAGCGGUGCGUGUGAAGGGAUAGGGUUAAACGACAGUUUGUUUGGGGAUCAGGACUUGUUGGUGUGGGGAGGAAAGAGAGACCUUAAAUGAUUGCCCCUCCCCUCCCAGCAACCAACACUUUGAAUUUCUCACGGUCACCUUGAUUUCUUAACUAGCCCUCGGACUUUUGGGGCUGUGUAGUACAGUGGGUGGAUUAAGGCAGGAGGAGAGUUUUUUUAUUGCAUUCGCCUCUCUAUCUGCUUCCUGCCAGUCAGCUCUCUGAUCCGAGUUGCUUUUCCUUUUGAAAAUAAAAAACUUUCUCUGUAAAACUGUACAAAUAAAUUUUUAAAAAUGGA